CACCGGCACGGGAGGCCCUGCCCACCCCUUGUCCCUUCCCCUUCCGCGGCACUGGGGGGUGAAUCGGUAUCCGCUCCCUCUCCCCCCGGCUUCCAUGCAGCCCCGGUGUUCUUGAGUCCCUGGUCCUCGCAGUACGGGGCAGUCCCCGGUGUCCGUGAGCCCCCGGUACCAGGCAGACUCUGAACUCCACGGAUGCUAAGAAGCUCCCAAUGUCUCCAGAACGGGACAGCUCCGUUAUCCCCCCAAAUAAGCCUGCUGGUGCUGGAGCUGCACUGGCAACACAGCCCCUGGCUUUGGUCUGAAGCUCGGGAUGAUGGGCCCACUUGUGCUGGAACUGUACUGGCAACACGCCCCCCGCACCUGCAAGAACUUUGCUGAGCUGAGCCGCCGUGGGUACUACAAUGGCACCAAGUUCCACCGCAUCAUCAAGGACUUCAUGGUGCAGGGAGGGGACCCCACGGGUACUGGCCGUGGUGGCGCUUCCAUCUAUGGGAAACAGUUUGAGGACGAGCUGCACCCUGACCUGAAGUUCACUGGCGCCGGGAUCCUAGCAAUGGCCAAUGCAGGGCCGGACACCAAUGGAAGCCAAUUUUUCCUGACACUGGGCCCGGCACAGUGGCUGGAUGGGAAGCACAGCAUUUUCGGGAGGGUGUGCCAAGGAAUGGGGGUGCUGGGGCGCCUAGCCAUGGUGGAGACCAACUCCCAGGACCGUCCCCUCGACGAUGUAAAGGUCAUCAAGGCGUAUCCCUCGGGGUAGGGGUGUGAGGUGCCGUCCCUCCAAAUUGUACUGCACAUUUGUAAUAAAGGAGGUUGGAUGUGG